AGCUUCGUCCAGCAGCCGCUUCGGGUGAGAAGCCCUUGCUGCAAAUGGCACUGUGAGGAGCCUUGCGAGGGUGGCUGAUCCGAGAAGACUCCGGCGCCGAAAGCCACCGUGUGGACGGAGUUUGGCACUGAGUCCAGAGAGCUCUGCGAGUCGGCCGACCGCCAGCCCCACAGCCAUGCUGCACGAGAAGAGCUUCCUGGUGUCGGGCGACCCUUUCCCGGGCCAGCAGCCUCCGGCCCCGCCUGGCUACGCCCAGCCCCCAUACCCGACAGCCCCCUACCCCCAGCCGCCCCCCCAGCCCGCCUACGGUCAGCCCGGCUAUCCACAGGGGCCCUACCCCCAGGGCCCCUAUCCUCCUCCGGUGUCCUACCCGCAGGGGCCCUAUCCUCAGGGGCCCUAUCCUCAGGGGCCCUACCCACCAGCACCGUACCCACAGGGGCCACAUCCACCGGACCCCUAUGCCCAGCCGCAUCCCGGAGUCCCCAUGGACCAAGGCUCGCCCCUGCACAGCAACUACCACGAGGACGGACCCCCCUCCUACUACGACAAUCCAGACUUCUCUCCCACCAACUGGGAUGACGCGAAAAUCCGCCAGGCCUUCAUUCGCAAGGUGUUCCUGGUGCUGACCCUCCAGCUCUCCGUGACCUUUGCCUUCGUGGCCAUCUUCACCUUCGCGAAGGGCGUGAAGGGAUUCGUGCGGAAGCACGUCUGGACCUACUACGUCUCGUACGCCGUCUUCUUCAUCUCCCUCAUCGUGCUCAGCUGCUGCGGGGAGUUCCGGCGCAAGCACCCCUGGAACCUCGUGGCCCUGUCCAUCCUGACGCUGAGUCUCUCCUACAUGGUGGGCAUGAUCGCCAGCUUCUACGACACGGACUCGGUCAUCAUGGCCGUGGGCAUCACCACGAUCGUCUGCUUCACCGUGGUCCUCUUCUCGCUGCAGACCAAGUACGACUUCACUUCCUGCCGGGGAGUCCUGAUCGUCUGCCUGAUGGUCCUGUUCGUCUUCGCCAUCCUCUGCAUCUUCAUCCGGAACAAGAUCAUGGAGAUCGUCUACGCCUCCCUCGGAGCCCUGCUCUUCACCUGCUUCCUGGCCGUGGACACCCAGAUGAUCCUGGGGAACAAGCAGCUCUCCAUCAGCCCCGAGGAGUACGUCUUCGCAGCCCUCAACCUGUACACGGACAUCAUCAACAUCUUCCUGUACAUCCUGGCCAUCAUUGGCCGUGCCAAGGAUUAGGUGGCCCGCUGGCCCCUCGGCAUGGAGCUCCGUCCACACGAGCCCCUCCCCUUGCUGUGGUCCUCCUCCUCCUCCUCCUCGUGCUUCCAAGAUUCCUGGGUCCCUUGUUUUCCCUUGGUUUGUGCUCUGGGCCCCCUCGCGCUCCCCGUCUCGGGUUCCCCUGCCUUUCCCUUCCUGCCUCGGGCCUUUCUGGAGAACGUGCGCAGCGGGCCGAUCUGGGGUGGCCUCGGCCGGCCUGCCAGGGAGCGUGCGGGGAAGGCGCACGGGCGGGAGGGACUGUCACGCUUGGCAGGCAUGGAUUUUCCGCCUGGCAUCUCUCCGGGGUUUGCGGGGUGGAGGGACAGGCUGAGCCCCUUUGGGCUGGGGAUGUAAAUACGCCGGGCUUGAUCUCCCCCCUCGUGUGUUUUGAAGUGCGAAUGGUGACAUGACGUGACGGAGCCCCUUGCCCCCCCCCUUCCCUGGGCUCUCCCCGGUUCCCUUUCCCUCCUGUGCGUGGUGGUGCCAGGAGCGUUGGGGCCCCGGGUCACACGGAGACUGUGUUCCUGGUUGGGUGGGAGCUUCCCCGCAGAGUCCCUCCCCGCCCCUUCCCUGCCCGGCUGGCCCUCCACAUUCCCGGACUCCGCACUGCCGCCACGGCGAAGGCUUGUCCACUGUACCUCCGUCUCGAGCCGCCCCCCGAGUCCAGGGAACGCCUCCCCUCUCCCAACCAGCCGGCAAGCAGCCCCCGCCGCCUGCUGGCCCCCCGGGCGUGUGAGGUGGGGCCGUCCUUGCCCUGGGUCUGCAGCACUGUGCUCUGCUGAGCCCUUUUGUACUGGGGUGCGAGGUCCCCACCCUGGAUGCCGCCAGGGACCAUGCCCUGCUCGCCCCUCCCCAUGCGGCUGCCUUUGGGGUGCCCUGCACUACUGCACGCUCAGCAGCCGCUCCCGCGCCCCAGCCAGCCCCCGCACCGUGCUGUACAAAUGGGGUGUCCGAAUAAAAGUGAGAAUG